AUGGCGCACAUGAAGUCCUCGAAGCUUCGCCACGCCUGGGUCUUCUUCCUCAGCGAUGCCGAGCUCAAGGUGGAGCUGGAGCACAGCCGCUUCUCGGGGAAGAAGAAGGUGCUGGUGGACGGGAAGCUGCUCUUCUCCACCACGGACAAGCACUUGACCUGGUGCUGGCAGCACCCGGAGAGCAAGGCCAAGAUCAGCCUCCACUCGGAGAACGGCCGCCACUCCCUUCGCUGCGAGGAGCCAGAUACGGAGAACGGAGCGGCCUACGCCAGCUGCGACUACGAGGACUCGGUGCUUCCAGAGCAGCCGCAGUCGGGGAUGUCGGGCAUGAGCAUGAGCCCCUGCUCCGUAAGCCAGCUAAGGACUCCGCGCUGCGCCACGCCGAACGACCGCGAGGAGGUGGCAGAGGUGGCGCUGGACUCGCCGGAGUCGGUGAGGCGAAACCUGGCGCCCAGGUACGAGGAGGACGAUUCGGAGAUUGCGGAGGAGGCUAAGCCCUCCGUGCCGUGCUCCCUGACCACGAGGUCACAACAACGCAGGACCUCGCUGAAGGAGAUAUCUUCCGAAACGGCGCGGCUGAAUGCUUUGCUUGGGGUGAAGGAUGCCCAGAUUGCAGCCCUGCAAGAUGAGCUUCGGCGCUGUGCUCUGGAAAGAGAGGCUGCUCCUGCCGUCGAGAUUGUGCCCGACGUCCCCAGCCGCCAGGCCCCCGAGCCUGCGGAGCAUUUUCUGGUGGCAGAGUUGCCAACGCCCUCUGCCCCGAGCCCUCGUGUUCCUGUGAGAACCCCAGAGCCCGCCUGCGCGGUGCGCAGCGUGCGCAGCUGCUCCCCAGGCCCUCUCCGAUCUCCGCCGGUCAGAAGCACCCUGGAUGAGGAGGAGCUAGACGUCACUCACCGGCACGGCCCGGUGCAGCAAUCGGUGCUGGCGCUUGCAGCGCCUGCAACGCCGGCGAUGAAUGCGCCAGGAACACCAUGCCUGGUGGGGCGCGCGGUCGGGCGCGCGGUCACGCCGCCGAGGGGCGCAGUGCGGCGGUACACGGCUACGCCGCGGAAUGUGGCGGUGAAGGUCGAGUCAGUCGACACGCCGGAGAUUCGAGGCCGCGCAGGCAGCAUGCCGCCACCGCGGCUGGUGUGCGCAUCGCCGCCUGUGCCGUGGCCGGGGCACAUGGAGCCGCAACGAGCCUCAACCCCCCAUUGUCGCAGUGCCUCAGUGCAGCCUCCAAGAUGUUGGAGGAGUAGCACUCCCGGCCCGCGCCGCAUGGACGUCCAGGUGCCUGGCCCUGGCUUUCAGAUGGCACCGCCCGCGGCUGUGCGAGCAGCGCCAGGAGGCGAUUGGCGCGCACGCCCCGGGCCGAUGAUGCAGCCAGGCGUCCAGCCCAGUAUGCAUCCAGGGAUGCAACCCUUGCCCAUGCAACCCGGCAUGCCCGGCAUGCAGCCCCAGUCUGGCAUGCAGCCGGGUGUGCCCGGCAUGCAGCCCCAGUGCUGUUGA